CUCCUACUUCUACUCCAUCAGUGAACUCGAAAAUAUCAGGUAGACUACAAUCUGGAUCAGCUUCUAUACGGAUUAAUGAUUCCACUCUUAAUAGACAGUCAACAUAUGAAAGUAUUCAGUGUAGCAGUUACAAUAGAUACAGUGGUUGUGAGAGACGACCAGGUAUUACUAAUGAAUAUAAUGUGAGGGGUGGUGAUAACGCAAGAGGAAGACAAAGUGGAUUAGAGGCCACAACUAUGUCCAUCUCUGAUAUUGAUGAUGAUGAUGAUGAGUUUGUCUGUCCAAUGUGUGAAUUUCACAGCAAGAUCCGUAGCACGAUAAUGCAGCAUAUCAUGGAUGUUCAUUAGGAUUGUAAUUCUACUACUACUACUAAUGAUAAUCAUAAUAAUAAUUUGCUUUAUUCCAGAAACAGUACUAGUGGUACAGUGUGGAAUUUUCAGCACAUAUCUACAAUAUUUGCAUCUAAUUUUACAGACAUUUAAAAUAAGUAAUUAAACAACCAAAGAAAAUAAAUCUGAAGACACCAACAGCAAAAAAAAACAGGAUAAACACAAAAUAAUUAUAAAUGCGAAAAAGUACAAAAGUCUACCAAAGUCUAAUGCAGUGUUUGUGGUGGUAGUGUGAGUAAUCCUGAAUAAUACAAAAAAUUUUUUUAAGGUGGUGACUAUGGCGCUCACAACCAAUGAUUGUCAGUUGAUAUUGCCGAAAAAACAUAGAAAAAAGACAACCACAAUAACUAAUAAUUACAUGAUGGUUAAUGACAGGACAAUUUGGUAAUACUCAAAGUGCUAUUAAAGUCGGAACCAGUAGAUACACAAAGGAAGGAAUACAGUAAAGUACAGAAAAAAUGAAUUCAAACAACUCAUUAAGACUUAUACUCCCAAAGAACAAUGUAUGUCUAUCUACUGUUAGUUCGAGAACGUCUACCUCUGGAUCGGAUUCGCUGGUCUCUAGCUUGCCUUCGCCUUUACGUAGGCAAAUGGAACGAAUAAAUCAGCGCCCUUCAUUGGCUGUAAACACUGAAACAACAGAAAUGGAUGAUUUCAGUGAAAAUGAUAUCGUGCAUUAUGGAGAUGUUGAAUCCGGUAAUCAAGAAUUCAACCCUCUCAGAAGCUACCGCGAACUAUAUGCCAAUGCGAUUGUCCCUCGUAAGCAUUUAAGAGCUACACAUCGAUGGGUUUUGCUACCGUCCCACAGUACUCCCCGAUUACCGAUUGAUUCUGUAACGUUUCCACCUGGACCGCGUCACUCUGGCUUCGACGUGAAUAAGGAAGGAAAACUGCGUCCAACUGUCAAGUUUUUGCUUCGCAUAGGUUCGGCGCUUUUACGACACCAAUACGACUCAGCGGCUGUGGAGAAGGCAAAUCCUUCUCCUCAACUACCACUUUGUAAUCGACGUAAACGCCGACGUAUAGAGGAGCAGUCGAAUAACAAAAAUUCUUUAGUUCCAUCAGUUAAUAUUUCUCAUUUAACAUGGAGACCGAAAACUUAUCACCGUCGCUGGGAUGAGAUCUGGAAUUACUGUACUGAUAACAAAUGUCCAUAUGUUCCUGCAUCUGCUAUGCAGUUACUAAGACAUCUAGAACAAGGUCAUCAAGAAUUCGUUAAUGUUAAUCCGCUUGUUGUGCUAAUAGAAACACGUCGAAAAAGCACUGGAAAUAAUGGCAGUAUGAUAAAUCUUGCAAUAGAUUAUGGUGAUUACCUGAUGAGUCGUUUUUAUGUCCCCGUUGCAGUAAAUAUGUACAACUCGUCUUUAAGUAUGCCACAAUACUCUUGUUCUGUAUGUGGUUGGAUUAGCAAGAGUCAGAGGGCAUUAAGUAAUCACCUUAAACGCACUCAUGCACAAUUGACUGUUGAGCGUAUAGAGAAUCCCAAAGUUAUGAUAUGCUCUGUUUGCGGUUCGCCGAUAGGAUCUACUAACUUAUUUCAGACUUCUUCACGUAGUCUAGACUCGGAUAUUUUUUUACACGCUUCGUGUAAACCAAAUAAUUCAUUUCACGAGAGCGCUCCUUGGUCUGGAUACGAUGCUCAUGCUUUAGCGUGUCUUACACUGAAUCCCUCGUUAUAUGCCAGAUUCAGUUUGCCUUUUAAAUUUGUCCGUUUCCUGUAUAAUUUAAUACAAGCUAUGAUUGUGACUCGAGUAAAUGCAUUCGGACGUUGGAGCCUCCAGUGUUAUACUGUAAAGUAUUGUGCAAGCAUAUCAGCUAUUUACGGUGAACUCAUCGAGCCAAAGAAAGUUAAACCUUUUAACCAUUCUAAAAUGAGCAGGAUCCUAGAGGAUAAUGAGAAUAUGCAGUCAAUAUUCCCUGUGAUUUCAUUACCUAUAAUUCCAACUCCAUGUACUGCGAAUCCGAAUCAAAGUAACCAAAUUACUUCAGGGAGUGUUAUUCAUUUCCCAACUGUCUUCGAGUCACCAUCUGUAACAACACAAACAAGUUUUCCUUUGCCGGGUAGUGUUAAUCCUACAAAUUUGUGUGUAUUACCGACUCCAUGUGUUGGUCAUGUGCCAAAUUUUGUGUCAAAGUCAGUUACAUGUUCUAUAGCGCCACCGACCACCUCAGUCGGUCAGUCUACUUCAAAUACAGGACAGAUACGCCCUCAAACUUCUCAACCAAUGUUCCCGAUUUGUGUCACAGUUGCUGAACAGCCUAGUGUAUCACUGAAUAGAAAAACACAGAUUCCAGUUGCACCAUGUUCUGCUGCGUCAUCGAAUAAGGCAACUGUUGUGUCGUCCGUUGCUAGUCAUUCGAGCAUUCCUAUUCAAUCGACUUCUACAGUGUCUGUUUCUACUAAUUUGACUUCACAGAAGUCAUCUCAACAGUCGUUUCCUGUUAGUUCAAGUGUAAAUACCAUACCUGUUCAACUGGGACCAAAUGAUCUAAUCAAGCGAAGUAUGGGAAAACCACCAUUUGGUGUACUCCCUGCACAAGUCCCAUGUGAAUUAUGCCAUCAGCUAAUUCCGACGAACAUCGAUGAUCAAUAUCGCCAUAUUGUAUGUUCUCAUAAUUUUCUUGGUUGUGAUUUGUGUCCGACAUUCUGUAUGACACGCGAAGACUUAAUUAGACAUGCGAAGGUAGCUCAUGGAAUUGAAGUCGUUAAUACUCCCAAUAUCUGUAAUGAAGUCACAACGUCUGUUCCACCCAAUGCCUCUUUGAAUAAUAUACCAACAACGCUUGUAACCACUCCAACUGCAAAUGACAAUCUACCCAUCAGAUUAACGCGGACUACUACUACUACUACGACGACGACGACUGCUACUCCUACUUCUACUCCAUCAGUGAACUCGAAAAUAUCAGGUAGACUACAAUCUGGAUCAGCUUCUAUACGGAUUAAUGAUUCCACUCUUAAUAGACAGUCAACAUAUGAAAGUAUUCAGUGUAGCAGUUACAAUAGAUACAGUGGUUGUGAGAGACGACCAGGUAUUACUAAUGAAUAUAAUGUGAGGGGUGGUGAUAACGCAAGAGGAAGACAAAGUGGAUUAGAGGCCACAACUAUGUCCAUCUCUGAUAUUGAUGAUGAUGAUGAUUUUCUUUUCUUUUUUGAUUAUAGCUUGAAUUCACACAGUAUUUUUGGUACAAGUAUGGAAUGGUGA